GUUAAAUGUCAACCAUGUCAACAAACAAACGUCAAAACAUCACAACCGAGGAGGUUAGAUCGUUUGAAUCGAUGGAAUUAUUGGGUAUUUGGUUUAAGUUCUUUAUAAAUUUGCAUCAAUGUUCCAUUUACGGGCGUGUUUCCAUGUUUCCGUUAAACUGUACCGACUACCCGUAGUUUAUAACAUAAUCAACCAUUAUCAAUUACUCCGCACCAGUGCUAUCACCGUUUCAAAAUCAUUAAUUGGCUGUGAGAAUAAAUAUGUUCAUGCCGUUUUGGAAAUUAAUCCGAAAUGUAGAGUGUUGCGAGGCGAACAAUACGAGACGAAUGACAUCGAAUCUGUGGAUAUUAAUUUCGAUCAAGAUUGGCGAAACGCUACAACAGCUGGCAUUGUGGAGUGUCUAGAAACAAUCGGAAAUUAUUGCAAACAAAAUGGUACAACGAUAUCGGAUAAAAGGUUCGACAAAUUUGUGGAUGUUUGCACGGAACGUUGCUUCGAUUUCACCGAUCAUCAAUUGAUUCAGUCAUUACAAAUAAUGAUUCGCUAUCCGCUUACGGAAUCAUCCAAAUCGAGAAAUUUUGUCAAACUGUGGCACGCUUUUGACGAUGCCUGCGUUAAACGAAUCGACACAUGGGACUUUAAUACGAUUUUGUAUAUGUGUGAUCACUGGCAUAUGCUGCAUUUGGGAAGAUUGAACCAAUUCAAUUGUCUGGGGAGUCUGAAAAUUGGCAGAAAACUUAAAAAACUGCCGUCUCAUCAAUUGGUUCAACUCAUGUUCUAUGUCAGUCUUAGGAGAAUUCAAAUACUGCCUAUGUAUGAAAUCGAAAGUAAUUUUGUGAAUUCGUUGGACGACUAUAGCUUAGACGAGAUAGCAGUUGUGUGUAUCGGAUUUUUCAAAACACAGGCGACAUUACAAAUUCCGGAAACGGUUGAGAAGAUUAGCAAACGAUUGAUACAUGAGAUCGACAAGGUAGACAGCAUAGCGAUCAGCUGUAUCUUAAAGGCUCUGCGCCGUUCGUGUAAUAUCUAUCAAAUUGCCUUGGUGCGGGAAGUACUCGAUGCCAUUAACGGUCAACUGUCUCGGCUAUCAACGUUGGCCUGCUUACAAGUAGCUAUCUUAGGAACGAAUCUUCACGUAUGUCAUCAAAGUUGCAUCGAGCAAAUUUUGCACCGUUUCAUCAACGACAUUGAGUCGAUUCGUUUGAAAGAUUUCGAACGGAUCAGCUAUGUGAUGGGUUUCUUUGAUUUCGAAUCGGAGAGCAACAUUGAGAACCGAUUGUGUCAACAAUUUUUGACUGAGCUGAAAAAUCGAAACGAUGAGAUUUUGCGGUAUCCAAAAUGCUUCGCGUUGUGUUUACAUUACUUGAGCUUGAAAGGAUGCCACGACGAAGAAAUGAUAUCGUUGGCUUUGAGCACGCCGUUUUUAAGUGCGACAUACGGGAAACAAACCGUUUACAACCAGGAAAUCUUCAGCUUGGACUCUUAUGUGAAGAUUAAUUUGAAGGAAACGUAUGCGGGCAAUGAAUUGACAGACAUAGAUCGCCGACACUUGGGAAAUGUAUUGUGCCGGCAUUUAUCCGAUUGUUAUGAUGAUUAUAGUGCUACCGAUAAGAUAUUGAUGGAACUUAAGGAAACAUCCGACGAGCUGUUUACCCAUUCUUACUUGGCACACGUACUGCCCCAUUUUGAUCGAUCCGACAUAAUUAUUGCAUACAACAAAUAUUCUAACACUGGCAUCGACAUUGCUCACAAUCUGCGGCAACAUUAUACUGGAAAGAUUAUCGAUCGGUCUAUGUUAGUGGACGGCCUUAACACCGAAGCUGCAAAUGUAGAGAUCUUUAAUAUUAUAGUCGGUGGUUGGAACAGUUAUGUUAGAGAUACGCCGAAAUUGAACGGAUUCAUGAGACAGAAGAUUGAACAAUCGAAACUCCUUGGCCUACGUCCAGUUUUGAUUCCGGGCACCGAAUGGACGAGACUGAAGAAAUGUGAUAGGAAACACUAUGUUAAAUAUAAAAUAAAUAUGGCGCUGCAAGCAAAAUAAUUUUAUUUUUCAAAUAAACGAAUUUCGUCGGAUAGAAAACACGGUCACGUUA